UUCGCUACUAUCGCUAGGACCUGUUUUCGACGUCGGAAUAUUGGCUUGAUGCUUUAAGUGCCUCUACAAACGCGUUCAAAGCCUGUGUGCAUUUCUAUCUGGAACCUUCUACCUAUAUUUUCCUCCUUGAGCCGGCUUCGGAUAUUUCAGUGCUUUCUAGCGGAAGUAUUAGAUAGGUGUUUUUGCAUACGCAAUGGCCUCCAACUCGAGGGAAUCCAACUGGGUAGAUGGAUUGCGAGGCAUUGCGGCAUUCAUCGUUGUCAGCGGUCAUGUCCUCACCGCGUUCGCUCCCGAAAUCCACGCCCCGUCGAAUGCCGCAGACGAACCCCCCACCCUCAUGCAACUCCCCUUCUUUCGACUCCUCAUCGCCGGGCGUGCAGCGGUGGCUCUCUUCUUCCUGAUAACAGGCUAUGUGAAUACGCUGGGACCGCUGGUCAAAGCAAAGGCGGCCGGCGUGGACGUUGCAUUUUCAGGUCUAUCGAAAAACGCCUUGAAGCGACCAGCGCAACUCAUCCUACCGGCAUUCUUUGCCACCCUGAUUUCAUGGGGGCUAGCCAACGUUGGUGCUUAUAAGAUGGGGAAACAUAUCGAUGCGACCUGGAUCCGCCAGGGUUAUCACGCCCCGGGCACAUCGAUCUCCUCGGCUAUUUACAGCCUCUUCCAUGCGGAGGCCUCGACCUGGACGGAGGGGUGGAAUGAAUAUGAUGGGAUUCAAUGGGCCAUGAUUGUAUUACUCGAAGGGAGCAUGAUUGUGUACUUGACACUUCUGGCUACCCUCCCAGUUACUCCCAAGGCCAGGAGAGUCGGGUUCCUUGCGGUCUACUUUUAUGGAUGGAUUGCCGGCACAGCUCAAAAGACCAUGAAUGUCGCCUUUGGCAUGCUCUUAGCGGACCUGCAUGUCGAAGUCGGCGCUGACGCCGCCCUCUUACCCGCGCCGUUUCCUAUAAUCUCCCUUGUCCUCGGGCUAUUCCUCUGCAGUUUCCCUCAGGACGCACCAGACCGUACCGCAUGGACCCGAAUCAUGGUCAACAUGAUGUCUCCCAUUACUCCCGCCGAAGCGGACAUUCGCAAAUACUGGGAUUCCAUUGGCGCGUGUUUGAUAGUUCUGGGCGUCUACUCCUCUCCGAACGCACGGCGGAUUCUUUCCCACCGCUUCUUCAACUUCCUCGGCCGCGUCAGCCUGCCCGUGUACCUCAUCCACAACCAGCUCAUGAAGACCGUCCUCACAUGGCUGAUCUACCUUCCGAGCGCGCUGAAUCCUCCCGUCAAUGAGCAGACCGGGGAACAGAUGGACUUGCAGCGUGGAUCGAGUCUGCAUAUGGCGGCCUCCGUGGUCGUCUUUUUCGUCAUAACUUACCGGUUGGCGCUGGUGUGGACGAAGACGGUGGAUCCGUUGUGUGCGAGGAUCGUGGAUCGUAUGACAAAAUGGGCAUACGACGAAGAGUAUCGUCCUGCUGGCGGGAAGCCGGUGGUUUUACCCCCAUGAAUAAUAAUGGCAUUGGUUGGGCGUCCGGCCUGCAGCGUUCAAGCGUAUGAUGUUUUACCUGUUUCAUCUUGUCCAUAUCACAAGCGCGCAUG